AUGCCGAUUAAGGAAGGCCAGUUCGAAGCUAAUCAAAUAUCGAUGCCAUCACCUAUGAUGUGUCAACAAUUAAAGGAAGACAAAAUUAUAAGGCUGCAAAAUAUUAGAAAACAGUUGGCGUACUUAAAAAGUCGGAAGUCAAUGAUACAAUCCCGCGGCUCGGACGGGAGAUCGAACAAGGAACAAUUGGAGGUCAGCCUGAAAUUGUUGAAACUCGUAGCCGAUACGCAAUUAAGUUUGACUCAAGUCAACGGGCAGAGGAAGCUGGGCCCACCGUCCGGGUGGGUGGGAUCCCCUCCCGGGCCUAAGUGCGAGGUCUUCGUCGGCAGCAUUCCCCGCGAUUUUUAUGAACCCGAGCUCGUUCUCAUCUUCAGCACCGUUGGAACGAUUUACGAAUUGCGUUUGAUGAUGGAAUUCUCCGGCGCUAACCGGGGAUACUGUUUCAUCAUGUUCACCACCGAAGAGGAAGCAGCCUGUGCCGUUAGAGAGUUGGACAAGUACGAGAUUUACCCUGGCAAGAGGAUCGGAGUUGUUGCCAGUACGAACAACUGUCGAAUCUACAUGAGCCAGCUCCCUCGCCACAUCGGCACGCGAACAAUUAUCAGAAGGAUUUACGACUACACCGAGGAUAUCGAGAAAGUGUGUGUAUAUCGGAAUUUUAAGGGCUUCGUUUCCUACGUGUUGAUUUCGUAUAAUACCCAUCGCAGUGCGGCGAUGGGUAGGAAGAGAUUGCUGCCCGAAGCGGCGAAUUUAUUUAAAAAUACCGAGGUCAAUAUCGAGUGGGCCAAUCCGUACAUAUCUCCUUCCAACGUGGUACGUAUGAUUAAAGUAUCUUUCGUAUAA